AUGCUCAUGGUGGCCAUACCUGGCAACCGGAAGCGCAAUACCGUGCGUUCUGCCACCAACAGCAGAGGCCAAGCAAGCAACACCAGAGCCGCCUUCUCAUCCGUCGUUUGCCAGCUGUGCUUCAUGUUGUCGGCGGCCACCGGUGAUGACUGGUACCAAUACGAUCCCUCUGGUUCCCAGCUGACGAUGGCACGGCAAUUCAGAGCAAAAGCCUCCCAGACGCUGCAGGAGCUGCGCAAAGAAGAAAACAGAGACUAA